GUAAAUUGCGACAAAAAAUUGGAAACGCAAAUGAAUGUUUUCUCUAUUUCCUAAAUUGAAAACCCUAAAUACACGUUUCGACCCUUCUUCAGCAGCCAGCCAGCCACCCACAGCGUCGUAAGCCACGCAUUUGCAUUUCCAGGUCACGAAACCAGAAUAGCUCUCCUUCUCCUAGUUCUGCCUAGCACCAUUGCAGCAGGUCAAACCUCGUCAACGCUAAAUCAGUUUCCUAAAACCUUUUCCUUUUCUCUGCUUCCCUCCCCUUCUUCGUUUGCGAAAGACAGAAGAGUGCCGCCCUCUCCUUCUCACCUCACAGGACCAUAAGGUUUCCCCUAUUAUUUGAAUAGUUAAAAAUGGGAAAGCUGGGGAAGAAGGCGAGGAAAUUUGCGAAGAAGAAUCUUCAAUCUGUGCUCAAACGGAAACGCAAAACGAACUCUAUGAUGUUCAAGAAGAAAUCUUCUAAGAGACGUGACCAGGAUGAUAUUGAAGAACAGGAAGAGGACACAAAAGUGAUGUCCAAUGUAAGAAGAAGCAAAGGCAAGGAUCUAGAAAACUUUUCUCUUGAUGCGGUGUUUACGGAUGAUGAUAGCAAUGCAACCGGAGACGAGACUGACAGUGAUGGAUAUCUUUCAGAGGACUCAAGUUUACAUGUUGCUCAAAGUGAUGGAGCUAAUUAUCUUGAAGACAACUCUGGUGGUAGUGCUUUCUCAUCACAGAACAAAGAAAUAUAUUUAGAUCUUGUGAAGGAAACAAAACAAUUGGAAAAAUUGAAGAAAAAGGAUCCUGCAUUUUCUAAGUUUCUUCAAAGCUAUGAUAAGAAGCUUGAAUCCUUUAGAAAUAAAGAAGCAUAUGCAGAUGAGGAUGAGAUGAGUAUUGAUGAAACAGAGUCAGUGGAUGGAGAAAGUGUGGAUAACAAGAAGAGCCUAUUUUUGACUAGCUCUGAUGUUGACUCUUGGUGUCAACUAGUGACAGAGCAGCAAAAUCUGUCUGCCCUAACUAGUCUGUUAAAUGGAUAUCGGACAGCAUGCCACUACAGAGCUCAGUCAAGUGGUGUCAUUAAUGCUGCUGACUCACGCCAUAGAUUUCAAAGUAGUGAAACCUUUUGCAAGAUAUUGAUUUUUACACUUAAUGAUGCUGAUAAUAUUUUUAGGAAGCUGCUUGGAUUAUCAAACUCCAAUAUCAGGAAGGAGAAGAUUUCGGAAUUAAAAAAUAGCUCAAAGUGGAAUACGUUCAAGCCAUUCAUUAAAUCAUAUUUGAGGAGUAGCCUUUAUCUUUUGAAUCAAGUUACUGAAACAGAGAUAUUGACCUUCUCCUUUGCCCGAUUAAGAGCAUCAAUGGCAUUUUUUGUUGCAUUUCCUUCGUUACUUUGCAGACUUGUAAAGACUGCUGUUCAUUUUUGGGCUACAGAUGGAGGGAGUGUGUCUUCAUAUGCCUUUCUUAUCAUACAAGAUCUAGCAUCUGUGUAUGCUUCUAAUUGGUUUGACACCUGCUUUGUCAAAACUUAUAAAUCCUUGAUUGGCAAUUGUCAGUUUGUGGAACCUGAUCAAUUGAAACACGUACAAUUUCUGAAGAACUCCUUUGUUGAGCUUUGUUCUGUAGAUGUACAAAAAUCAUCCAGAAAAGCAAUGAUUUCCAUCCAGCAACUUGCGAAAAUGCUGCAACAAGGGCUACAAACAAAGAAAAAGGAAGCAGUCAAUAACUUAUGCAGUUGGCAGUACAUUAGCUGUAUUGAUGUAUGGGUUAUGUUUAUAUCAGCUAAUAUACGUGACUAUGAUCUUCAGCCAUUGCUUUAUAUGGUUGUUCAGAUUAUAAAUGGGGUGACUGUCCUGUUUCGUGGACCAAGAUAUUUACCUUUAAGAGUCAAGUGCAUUCAAUGGUUAAAUCACCUCUCCAGUUCAAGUGGGAUUUUCAUUCCUGUGGCAUCAUUGGUUUUGGAUGUUUUGGAGUAUAAAAUUGGAGAGGGUGGAAAACAUGGAAAGGCCAUCAGCUUAUCAACUGGAAUAAAGUUGCCAAAACAAAUUUUGAAAUCUCGAAACUUCCAAGAGCAGUGUAUUUUAUCUGCUGUGGAACUGCUUUCAGCACACUUUUCUCAGUGGACCUACCAUGUAUCAUUUCCUGAUCUAGCAACUAUGCCACUUAUCCGAUUACGAAAGUUUCAUGAGACAACUAAUAUUGAAAGUUUCAAACGUGUUGUUAAGCGAUUUAUUGAUCAGGUGGAGCAAAAUAUUGAGUUUGUGCAGAAAAAAAGAGAUGAGGUGGCUUUUUCACCAAAAGAUCAACAAUCUGUAGAAUUAUUUCUUCAGCUUGCAAAGCAGAGUGGUAACACUCCUUUCUUACAAUACUACCAAAGCACUAUGGAAAAGGCAGUUGCUAGAAAUUUGGCUUUGAAUGAAAAGUUACCUGGAGCGGAGAAAAUUUACAAGAAAAUAAAAAAGCUUUCCAAUAAUGUGAAAAAUGUUACUGGUGGACAACCCGGGAAAAUAAGUGGAUAGUAGCAAAGAUGACAAACAGGGCGAAAAACAGCAGAGUUUUCAAAUUUUGUAUUAGAUUGAUCUGUUAUUAGAUUCACAGGAGAUGAAUCUUUUCUUUAUUUACCCACUAGCCUUCCUUUCACCAAUUUUGGCAUAAUCAACAAUCAUCUAGGCUUUGAGAGAUCUUAAAGGUCUGAGCAGAUUUUUAGGAUUGGUGACCAUGUCAAAAGAAAUUUUGUUUUGUGAUGUCAUCAUAUUUAAGAAGUUUUGUUAGGAACUUUCUAUUGUGCCUAAGCAGUUUGAAAUACAUGGUAAAACAGAUGUCAAGUAGAGCGUAAUUUAUUACAGAAAGCCAUGUCUGACCUUCGAAACUGUUUUCUUCUAAUAUAAUUCUUGUUUUAAAUAAA